AUGGCAAGACUGGUUGGAAUAUAUAGCAUGAUGAACAAGUUACUAAUAGUGGUGAUUAUAGUGGCUGAGAUUUCAAGAAUAUUUUCGAUAGAAGAUAACCCUUCGAAGGUAUUUGUGGUGGAGUUGAACAAGUUGUUGGUGAAUAAUAAAAUUUCAGAUGACUACUGCAUUGAUGAAAGAAUAUUUUGCGAUAAUGAUCAGAUCAGUAUUGUGAAUCUAGAAGCGGUUAAUAUAUCCAGAUUUCCUGUAGAGAUUAUAAUAAUUAAGGAUACAUUAAAGAGUUUGACAAUAACAUACGAAAACCUGAAAGAUAACAUUCCAGAUGAAAUUUAUAAAUUGACUGAAUUGGAAUAUCUAAAUUUAGAAGGGAACAAAUUUAGUGGUAGUUUGAGUGAUAAUAUUAAAAAUCUGAUUAAAUUAUCGUAUCUUAACUUAAAUGGAUCGAAUCUAUCUGGACCAAUACCUGAUGGUCUAUAUUCACUGAGUAGAUUGCAAUUUCUGAUAUUAAAAGAUAACAAAUUUGAUGGUAGUUUAAAUGAUAACAUUAAAUGUUUGGACAAGCUAUCGUACCUUGACUUAAAUGGAUCAAGUCUAUCUGGAUCGAUACCUGACGGUCUAUAUUCAUUAACUGAAUUAGAAUAUCUGAACCUACAAGGAAGUAAAUUUAAUGGUGGUUUAAGUGAUAAGAUUAGAGAUAUGAAUAAAUUAUUGGCUCUUGACUUAAGUGGAUCAAAUCUGUCUGGACCGAUACCUGAUGGUCUAUAUUCAUUAACUGAAUUAAGAUAUCUGAAUCUACAAAGAAGUAAAUUUAAUGGUGGUUUAAGUGAUAAGAUUAGAGAUAUGAAUAAAUUAUUGUCUCUUGACUUAAGUGGAUCAAAUAUAUCUGGACCAAUACCUGAUGGUCUAUAUUCAUUAACUGAAUUAAGAUAUCUGAAUCUACAAGAAAACAGAUUUGAUGGUGGUUUAAAUGAUAAGAUUAGAGAUCUGAAUAAAUUAUUGUAUCUUGACUUAAGUGGAUCAAAUAUAUCUGGAUCGAUACCUGAUGGUCUAUAUUCAUUGACUAAACUGGAAUAUCUAUAUCUUAUGGGUAACAGUAUCAAUGGUACUUUAUCACCUAAGAUUGGUAAUAUGAUUAGGUUAACUAGUCUAAAUCUGAGUUUUAAUCAAUUAAGUGGAACUAUACCAAAUGAAAUAGGUGAUUUAAUCAAUCUGAAAGAUUUAGAAAUGAGAGACAAUGAAUUUGAAGGUAAUAUUCCUGAUCUGAGUCGUCUAGAAUUUUUAGUAAAUAUGAAUAUUAGCUCAACAAAACAUAUUCUGAAUGCAAGUUGUGAUAAUAAAACGUUACCUCCAUAUAUUACUAAGAACAGAUGUUUCAUUGCACCUGUGAACAGAUUAUGCAAUAGUACUAUACACUGCGAAUAUAGCAAUAAGCCUGUAGGUAAAUCAUCAAUUGGUUCAAUGUUCUACACACCAAUACUGAAAAUGGUUGUUAUGAUGAUAGUGUGCAGAGGUGUGAUAGAGACGGAGAGAUUUAUUGAGGGUUGA